CCGGCGGGGGCGCUGGCUGCGCGGUGGGCUGGGACUGGCCUGGGACGCCGGUGGCGGGUUUGGGCCCGGGAGACUCAGGCAGAGCCCGCGUGGCAUCUCCCUCUCUCGCUCUCCGCCCCCCUCCCCCCCGCAUCGGGGGAGGCGGCGUGUCUAGCCGAGAGUUGUGGGGCGCGGAGCAGGGCUGGAGCGCCAUGAGCAGCCCGGAUGCGGGGUACGCCAGUGACGACCAGAGCCAGACCCGGAUCGCGCUGCCCGCCGUGAUGGCCGGGCUGGGCCCCUGCUCCUGGGCCGAGUCGCUGAGUCCCCUCGGGGACGUGAAGGUGAAGGGCGAGGCGGCGGCGAGCAGCGGGGCGCCGGCCGGGGCCGCGGGCCGGGGCAAGGGCGAGUCUCGCAUUCGGCGGCCCAUGAACGCCUUCAUGGUGUGGGCGAAGGACGAGCGCAAGCGCCUGGCGCAGCAGAACCCCGACCUUCACAACGCCGAGCUGAGCAAGAUGCUGGGCAAGUCGUGGAAAGCGCUGACGCUGGCGGAGAAGCGGCCCUUCGUGGAGGAGGCCGAGCGGCUGCGCGUGCAGCACAUGCAGGACCACCCCAACUACAAGUACCGGCCGCGGCGGCGCAAGCAGGUGAAGCGGCUGAAGCGGGUGGAGGGCGGCUUCCUGCACGGCCUCGCCGAGCCGCCGGCGGCCGCGCUGGGCCCCGAGGGCGGCCGCGUGGCCAUGGACGGCCUGGGCCUGCCCUUCCCCGACCAGGGCUUCCCCGCGGGCGCGCCGCUGCUGCCCCCGCACCUGGGCGGCCACUACCGCGACUGCCAGGGCCUGGGGGCGCCCCCGCUCGACGGCUACCCGCUGCCCACGCCCGACACGUCGCCCCUGGACGGCGUGGACCCGGAUCCGGCCUUCUUCGCCGCGCCGCUGCCCGGAGACUGUCCGGCGGCGGGUCCCUACAGCUACGCGCAGGCCGCGGACUACGCGGGGCCCCCGGACGCGUCCGGCGGCCCGAUGCACUCCAGGCUCGGCCCCGAGCCCGCAGGCCACGCCAUGCCGGGCCUCCUGGCGCCCCCCGGCGCCCUACACAUGUACUACGGCGCCAUGGGCUCGCCCGCGGCCGGCGGCGGGCGCGGCUUCCCGAUGCAACCGCAGCAGCACCCGCCGGGCCCGGGGCAGCCGUCGCCCCCUCCCGAGGCGUUGUCCUGCCGGGACGGUGCGGACCCCAGCCAGCCCGGCGAGCUCCUCGGGGAGAUGGACCGCACGGAAUUUGAACAGUACCUGCACUAUGUGUGCAAGCCCGAGAUGGGGCUCCCUUACCAGGGACACGACUCGAGUGUGAACCUCCCCGACAGCCACGGGGCCAUUUCCUCCGUGGUGUCCGAUGCCAGCUCUGCGGUCUAUUACUGCAACUACCCUGACGUUUGACGGUCUCCGAUUCAACCCAGCCUGCAGGCCAGAAGCACAAACAGUGUUACACACUUCCCGGAGGAGCUAAGGAAGUCCUUAGCCUCAUGUUGUUUUGUUUUGUUGUGUUUUGAAGUUGCCUUGGCAUAUAAUUUAUGGUAAUUUAUUUUGUCUGACACUUGAACAGUUGGGGGAGAAAAAAAUGGGAGGCUGUGUGUGUGAGGAUUUGUUCCCACAGAGUCCUUGCCAAAAACCCUGCUUCCAAGUUCAGGUUUACCAGUUUGGAUUGUCCCAGCACAACUUGCUCCAUUUCCUGAAAUUUCAUUGAUCACAGAAAUUUUUGUCUACGGUGUCGUUUUUUUUUUAAUCUUAAAAUAAAAUCUGGAGUCCUGCUUUU